GUAUACCAAAUAGAAGGUUUUUUAAAUGUUUUCACGCCAUGUCGCUUGCGAAAGCCAAACAACGGUUCAAACGUAUCUUUGUAUUAUCCUUUUACUAAAAGUCCGUGGACAUCAAGUUAAACCAAAAAAUUAAAAUGUGUGAUACUUAUUGUAAGAGAAGAGCGACUGAGCAACUUGCCUCUCCGUCUAAGAGGAUAAAAGUUUCGCAAUUUGAUGAACCAGCGACCUCCCAGUCUGAGCAAAACACAACAAAUGUGUCUCCGGUUUCACCUAAUGGAAACGAAAGAUUACAACCGUGUGCUGACUUGGGAAAUGCUUUCUUAAAUGCUGUUUCAACGCCCAUUCAAUACUGCAGGAAAAUAACAUUACAACCUGAGGAACUGCUUAUGUAUUCGUUAGUGAAUGUUGCACUACCUCCUGGAACUAAAUUAGGAACUUGCUCUGCAGAAAAAUAUGCUGGUAUCUCACUGGCUGUUUACAAAGUAUAUGGUGUCCGUUUCACUUGCAGCAACAUCAAAAUGUAUUUCUACAGAUCGAUUAACAACAUAACCAAGGGUCUUGGGAAGUUUAAUGGGAAGCUUAGGUGGAAAUAUUAUUCUAAUUACAUUGAGACAAUUGUUGCCAAUCACCAACAAGAUCUAAUAACUCUGCUGCUUGAUCCAGAUGCUAACAACUGGCAAAACUUUGAGAGUUUAAAGAAAGAUUUAGAGUCAGAAUGCCUUUCCAGUUUAGAAGAAAGUGAAAAAACCCAAGCUUUGGCAUACCGUGUCAAUUUAAUAAUUAGUAGCAUUCAAAGUAGGUUUCCAAAGUGGAAAGUCAUCUCCAAUGUUGAUAAAUUGGAAGUACACUUAUAUUAUAUGAACAAUAGUAUGGUUACAGUCCAUUAUGAAAUAGUAAUAUUAGCAGAUGGUACUUACUCCUUUGUUUCCAAAGAAAAGCACAUACCGGAAACUUUAGAUUUAAGUAACACAAUACCUCGAACCAUACAGAGUAAGAGUGAGUUGUAUCUUCUCAUGGAGUCGCUGGAGAAGCUUAGUAUUUGUUCGGGAGUGUCAGUGGAAAAUUACACAAAUUUACUAAAUGAGAAUAAUACUUUUCCUGUGUAUAAGACAAGGGAUGGUGAACCAGGUGCAUUUGUUGAGACAAUGCAUAAGGAUUCUGGUGUUUAUGAGAAGUGUGUCCGAUCUACAAAAUGUAGCUUUCUAAUUGAAGAUGAUAGAUGUUGCAAAGAGUGCUUGAAGAUGGAACAUUAUUUAAGGACAGUUAAAUCCAGAAACCAAAAACCUAACCAAAACAAUUAUUCAAAACACACUCGGUUUGAUUACAUGUCCAAAGAGAACCUUAUUGAGAACAGUAGAGAAAUGGCAGGGAAAGUCCACAGAAUGCAAAUUAGGUUAAAACGCCUUGAACAGUACCAACAGGAAAUGAGUACAGUGGGAAAUGAUACAGAUUCUGAUUUCAGGACAUUGUUUAAGCAGCUAUACAAGGGGCUUAGCAAAAAUAUUGAGAAGCAAGACAACAAUAUUUGUUAUUGGGAGGAUUGUUUGCAUUUACAGCAUGAUCACAAGAAACCAGAGUUGUUAGUGAAGCAUAUAACUACCUGUCACAUGGCAACUGUUUCAGAUGAAGCUCCAAUAAAUAGGAAGUAUCAAUGUAAAUGGCUUGGUUGUGACAAAACGUUUGGCAAAAAGAAGCUUCUACAAUCACACAUCACUGAACAUACUGGUCAGGAGUCUGACACAUUCUUCUUAACACUCUUGCAAGACCAAGCAAAGGCUUUGAAUAUGCCUUCAAGGCAAAUGAGGUGGCAUCCCUUGGUAUUGAAAUGGUGCCUCCGUAUCUAUUCUAAGUCCCACAGCAUUUAUGAUGACCUCCGUGAAUCUGGACUCCUAAAACUUCCAAGUGGUAGAACUCUUUCAGACUACAAAAACUUUAGUUCUUCAAAAUCUGGGUGGCAAACGUCAGUGCUAAACGCUAUGAGAGAAGGUUUCACAAAGCAAGGCAUUUCAGAAAUAGGGAAGUUUGGUGGGCUUUUUUUCGAUGAAGUUAAAAUCAAAGAAGGGUUGGUGUUUGACCCAUCUUCUUGGGAAUUGAUUGGUUUUACAGACCUGUGUAGUGAUGAAGGUGAUACUCCAAAUGGGAAUACAACAACAAUGUCUUCUGUACGAAAAAGCUUAGCGACGCAUGUGUUACAGUUCUUCUUCAAAAGUAUAUUCAGUAAUUUCCAAUUCCCAUGUGCAUAUUUCUUAACAAAUGGAAUUUCAGCUUACAACUUGAAUAGAACAUUUUGGCAGGGAGUAGGUUUACUUCAUUCAUUCGACUUUAAAGUCAUUGUGUCGUGCUGCGAUGGAGCCUCUGAAAACAGGGCAUUUAUGGAAAUGAAUGGCUGUAGUGAUACUGUAGCUCAAGUUAUCAAUCCAUUUUCAAAGCUUCCAUUGUUUUUCUUGUCUGAUCCACCUCACCUAAUCAAAAAACUCCGGAACAAUAUUUACAAAAGUGGCGAUAAGGAAAACUCCUCACGAUACACCAGGUGCUUAUUGCUGAAUUCAAAGAAUAUCUUAUGGGAACAUAUAUAUUCAGUUUAUCUACGAGACAAACGAAGACAUUUAUUUUCCACAGACAUUAGAAGUUCUCAUGUCCAUCUUGACAGCUUGAGCAAAAUGCGUGUUAAACUAGCUGUUCAAGUACUUAAUUCAAAGGUGCAAAAGGACAUGGCUAAGUAUGAAAAUGAAGCAACUAAAUCAACUCAGCAAUUUAUUUCAAACUGUGAUGCAUUGUGGAAUGUCUUCAACGAUACUAAACCAUUAAGUUCAUUAGAAGAUACCCGAAUCAAAGCUUUAGAUGAUGUACUAGACUUUUUUAAAAGUUGGAAAAAUGAAUUGGCUUCUAUAUAUGCACUUAAAUCAGAGAUAUCAUCCCAUUUCAUUAGUUGGCAAACUAUGUUUGAUAUACAGGUAACAAUCAAUGGCUUUAAAGCACUGGUUAAAUUCAUUGGUACACCUGAAUUCAGAUCCCUUCAUGGAAGUCCGCCUUAUAUCAUUCCUAAAAGAAUAAGUCAAGAUAUAGUUGAGUCAUUCUUUUCUAUGCAAAGGCAAGCAUGUGGUGGUACAAAUAAUAUGACAGCGUACACUUAUGGUUACAAUGUCAAUAGUAUGAUAAUUCGUUCUGAAGCUAAGCGUCUGUCAAAGAAACAAACUAACACAUAUGAUGUUGAUAUUGAAUUCGGUGAGGAGCAGAAGGGUAAUGAUAGCAUUCCUAAAAGAAGCAAUGUUCAGGGUAUUUUUUCAACCAACUUGUGGCCAGUCUAUCUUUAACCAUUUAUUUUCUAGUGUUAGAAAUAGCACAUAUAAAGGGCAAAAGACCUUCCCUGACACAGAAUACCUAUCAUAAGGACAACUAAAAACGUUUUAACUACAUUUUUGCAAUCCAAUUUUGUCCUUACUAUAUGCAGUUAAAUGUAACUAGAGUAUACAACUGGUCCCAGGCAUCCAGAGUUACAUUGCUCUUUGAAUUCAAUCUAAGUAUUGUUUUUAGGAAGAAUAUUUUGUCUAACAUUUAAAACCUUGAGGAUACAAAGAUGCUUUGAAUGCUAUGAAUACAUAUAGUCACGGGG